AUGAAGCAUGGCAGAGCAGGCUGCCUCGAGCUUACUGACGCUUCUGCAGACAAGGAGCGCCCUCUUGCGGGGGCGGUUCUGUGUUUUACGUCCAUUGUGCCAGAGCAGCGGACUGAACUAGCCUCUAUCGCAAGCCAGAUGGGCGCGAGCCACAAUUAUGACCUCACCUCCGACGUCACUCAUUUAAUAGUCGGUGAAAUCAGCACGGAAAAAUACAAGUUUGUUGCGCGCGAGCGAUCAGACAUCGUGGUGCUUCGACCAGAAUGGAUAGAAGCCGUACGGCAGUCUUGGAUGCAGGGUGGUGACACAGACAUACGUGCUCUGGAAGAGCAAUAUAGGUUGCCGACGUUUUCAGGGACCGCAAUCUGCAUCACAGGAUUCGAAGACACCUCCUUCGUAGUGAACCUCCGAAACUACAUCCGCAACAAGGCCCAACUCAAUGGUGCAGAUUUCAGGAAAGAUCUCACAAAGCAGGUGACGCACCUUAUUGCGCGAACUGCGGGAGGGGAAAAAUACAAGUACGCGACGCAGUGGAAUGUCAAGGUGGUUACUCUCAAAUGGUUCACUGAUAGUAUGGAACGCGGAAUGAUACUCGAAGAAACCUUGUACCAUCCUCUUUUACCAGAAGAGCAACAGGGCAUCGGGGCAUGGAAACGCUCAUUACCUGCAGUCAAACCAAAACCACAAGAAACAGAAAGUUCAUCAGGCGCUCGACCGCGGAAACUGCGCAGAAUUGCCAGUGUUAAACUGGGCGACCAAAAUGAGAAUAUCUGGGGUGAUAUUAUUGGGACUGGCUUUGAAACGGCAGAACCAAGACCAUCGAGGGAGGAACGGCAGGCAGCAAACGAACAAAAGCAGAGAAAUGCAUCUGCUGUUCAGAUAUUUAAGUCCUUUGCUAGCGAAACCACCUUUGCACCCCUAUCACAGACUCGUGAGCCAACAGCAGAGCCGGUCGCCGAUCGUCGAAAUGGUUUCCUAGACAGAUGUUUCUUCUUGAUACAUGGGUUUACCUCGAAGCAGACGAAUGUAUUACGGAAUCACCUUUCUUUCAAUGGCGCUCAGUUGGUGGACUCUCUCAGCGAGUUCUCUCGCCCCGACAUACCAAAGAAAGGUCAUGGUCUUUACAUCAUUGUGCCUUACAAAACCCCACGAUCUAAUGUCCCUUCAACGGACGAUCUCGCUUUUGAGUGUGAAGUCGUGACGGAUAUGUGGUUGGAAAGGUUUUGCAGACAUCUGACAAGGCAAGGCUUAUCGGGCAUGAACAUCUGCUCUACCGGCUUUUCCCGCAUUGACCUUCUACACCUAUCAAAACUGGUCAACUUAGUAGGCGCGACGUAUAAUGAGUACCUGAAACCCACCGCAUCCGUUCUCAUCUGCAACACGUCAAUAUCCUUGAACCAGGAAAAACUGCGCCAUACCAAUGAAUGGGGCGUCCCGGCUGUGACUGCUGAGUGGUUGUGGACAUCUAUUAGACAAGAGAGGAAGCAACCUCUUGAACCCUAUCUAGUUCGGAAACCGUCAACACAGAGCAGCAAAGAUCUAGAGCUGCGAGCAGGUUCUCGCCCAGAGCAGAAGCGGCCUUCACAACAAUUACCAGACGACUAUCUCGUCACUAAUGGAGUUAAAUCGCCGGCCACCGGCCGGGUAGCCAAGGAAAUGAAACAAACUAUUUUAGAGAGCCCCCAAAGAAAGUUAUCAGGCGAACCAAAUUUGGGCCUCAAACCACCACACAAUUCCGUUUCUCCAGAAAAACUACAUCCUAUUGAAGCUUUAAAUGGGGUCAAAUCUCCAGCGAAGCGCAAAUACUCUGAUCGUGAAACGGCGUCCUCCACGAAAUCCGCCAUCGACCUCGCCGUAAACGGCCUGCUAAAGAAUGCCCGCACAGCACCAUCCCGCUCAGCUUCCGACUCUACCACUGACUAUGACAGACCCCGCUCAAGACGAGCGAGGCCGCUUCUCGGACGUGCCCAGUCUAACUCCUCUAUCCGCGCAACUGACCAAAUGGCUUUUUCCCGCGCAAGCUCUAUUGACACCUUGCAUGAAGAUGGAGCCGGAAGUGCAGUUGAUAGUAUGAGCAUCAACACAGAUGGUGGUAUCCCCUCUCUCGGUUCUCGACUCGACUUCGAAUACCUCAAUGCUGAACGGGAACGGCGGCUUGAGGAGAUCAAUGAAGAGACUCCACCAAUGACGCAGCUAGACUACGAGGAUCCAGACGCCGUCGCCAUGCGGGAAAAGUUCCUUCGGUACGCGGGAAAAGUUGUCGAAAAGCCGGUUGGAAAGCAGGAUAUUGUUGUGGAGGAGCUUAAAGACUUGGAAAAGGCUGGGUGGGGGACUGGACGAAGGACGAGGAAUGCGACUAGGAAGACGGCUGCGGAUGAUGAUGACUUUUGA